CCGGCGUCUCAGGCUCCCGGGCCCGGCGGCCGCGGCUCUUUUGUCUCCCGGCCGGAGCCCGAGCCGGAUCCUGAGCUAGGGUCGGAGCCUAGGUCAAGACUGGGUUGGAGUCGGAUCGCGUCCGCAGCCCGGGCUGCCCGAUGGGGCGCGCCCCCUGCCCACCACCCCCGGCCCGUGCCGUCGCCUGAGCCCCGGCCUGCCUGGCCCGGCCCGCGCCAUGGAGUCCGGCCGCGGCGGCCUGGAGACCGUGGGCAAGUUCGAGUUCUCGCGCAAGGACCUGAUUGGGCAUGGCGCCUUCGCCGUGGUCUUCAAGGGGCGCCACCGCGAGAAACACGACCUGGAGGUCGCUGUCAAGUGCAUUAACAAGAAGAACCUCGCCAAGUCCCAGACUCUCCUGGGGAAGGAAAUCAAGAUCCUCAAGGAAUUGAAACAUGAAAACAUCGUGGCUUUGUAUGACUUCCAGGAAAUGGCCAAUUCCGUCUACCUGGUCAUGGAGUACUGUAACGGCGGCGAUCUGGCCGACUACCUGCACGCCAUGCGGACGCUGAGCGAGGACACCAUCCGGCUCUUCCUGCAGCAGAUCGCGGGCGCCAUGCGGCUCCUGCACAGCAAGGGAAUCAUACACCGCGACCUGAAGCCCCAGAACCUCCUGCUGUCCAACCCUGGCGGGCGCCGUGCCACCCCCAGCAACAUCCGGGUCAAGAUCGCCGACUUCGGCUUUGCCCGGUACCUGCAGAGCAACAUGAUGGCGGCCACGCUCUGCGGCUCCCCCAUGUACAUGGCCCCGGAGGUCAUCAUGUCCCAGCACUACGACGGGAAGGCGGACCUGUGGAGCAUCGGCACCAUCGUGUACCAGUGCCUGACGGGGAAGGCGCCCUUCCAGGCCAGCAGCCCCCAGGACCUCCGCCUCUUCUAUGAGAAGAACAAGACGCUGGUCCCCCCCAUCCCCCGGGAGACCUCGGCCCCGCUGAGACAGCUGCUCCUGGCUCUGCUUCAGCGCAACCACAGAGACCGCAUGGACUUCGAUGAGUUUUUCCAUCACCCCUUCCUCGACGCCAGUGCCGCUGUGAAGAAGUCCCCGCCCGUGCCCGUGCCCUCGUACCCAAGCUCGGGGUCCGGCAGCAGCUCCAGCAGCAGCUCCACCUCACACCUGGCCUCCCCACCGUCCCUGGGGGAGAUGCAGAAGACCCUGACCUCCCCGGCCGAGGCCGCCGGCUUCCUGCAGGGCUCCCGGGACUCGGGCGGCAGCAGCAAGGACUCGUCCUGUGACACUGAUGACUUCGUCAUGGUCCCGGCCCAGUUUCCAGGUGACCUGGUGGCCGAGGCGGUCGGUGCCAAGCCGCCACCGGACAGCCUGAUGUGCAGCGGGAGCUCGCUGGCGGCCUCUGCUGGCCUGGAGAGCCGCGGCCGGACCCCGUCUCCUUCCCCGCCCUGCAGCAGCUCCCUCAGCCCCUCAGGCCGGGCCGGCGCGUUCUCCAGCAGCAGGUGCGGGGCCUCGGUCCCCAUCCCGGUCCCCACUCAGGUGCAGAACUACCAGCGCAUCGAGCAAAACCUUCAGUCACCCACCCAGUACCGGACGGCACGGUCCUCUGCCAUCCGCGGGUCAGGCAGCACCAGCCCGCUGGGCUUUGCACGGGCCAGCCUGUCACCCCCGUCUCACGCCGAGCACGGAGCCGCCCUGCCCAGGAAGCUCUCCCUGGGUGGGGGCCGGCCCUACACGCCGUCUCCCCAGGUCGGAACCAUCCCCGAGCGGCCGGGCUGGAGUGGGGCGCCCUCCCCGCAAGCAGCCGAGAUGCGGGGUGGCAGGUCCCCUCGUCCAGGCUCCUCGGCACCUGAGCACUCUCCCCACAGCGCCGGGCUGGGCUGCCGCCUGCACAGUGCCCCGAACCUGUCCGACCUGCGUGUGGUCCGUCCCAAGCUGCCCAAGCCCCCCACGGACCCGCUGGGGGUGGCGUUCGGCCACCCGCCAGCCAGCCCCCCGCAGCCCUCCCACGGGCUGCAGUCCUGCCGGCCCCUGCGCGGCUCGCCCAAGCUGCCCGACUUCCUGCAGCGGAACCCCCUGCCCCCUAUUCUGGGCUCCCCCACCAAGGCUGUGCCCGCGUUCGACUUCACCAAGACUCCCAGCUCCCAGAACUUGCUGACUCUCCUGGCCCGGCAGGGCGUGGUGAUGACGCCGCCUCGGAACCGGACGCUGCCCGACCUCUCCGAGGCGGGGCCCUUCCAGGGGCAGCAGCUGGGCCCCGGCCUGCGGCCCACCGAGGACGCCAAGGGCCCCUUUGGCAGGUCCCUCAGCGCCGGCCGCCUCACGGAUCUGCUCCUUAAGGCUGCCUUUGGGACGCAGGCCCCUGACUCAGGCAGCGUGGACAGCCUGCAGGAAAAGCCCAUGGAGACCGCGCCGUCUGCUGGCUUCGGAGGGAACGUGCACCCGGGAGCCCGCGCUGGGGGCGCCAGCAGCCCUUCCCCCGUGGUGUUCACGGUGGGCUCGCCCCCCAGCGGGACCACGCCGCCCCAGGGCCCCCGUGCCACCGUGUUCUCAGUGGGCUCCUCCAGCCCCCUCAGCUCGGCGGGCUCCUCCUCCGCCCGUCACCUGGCGCCCGGGGCCUACGGCGAGGCCCCCCUCGAGGUACCCGCCCCCGGCCACUGCUGCAGCUUUGCCGACCCCGUGGCCGCCAACCUGGAGGGGGCCGUGACCUUCGAGGCCCCCGACCUCCCCGAGGAGACCCUCAUGGAGCAAGAGCACACGGAGAUCCUGCACAGCCUGCGCUUCACGCUCGUCUUUGUCCAGCACGUCCUGGAGAUCGCGGCCCUGAAGGGCAGCGCCAGUGAGGCGGCCGGGGGGCCCGAGUUCCAGCUGCAGGAGAGCGUGGUGGCCGACCAGAUCAGCCUGCUGAGCCGCGAGUGGGGCUUCGCGGAGCAGCUGGUGCUCUACCUGAAGGCGGCCGAGCUCCUCUCCUCGGGCCUGCAGACCGCCAUCGGCCAGAUCCGGGCCGGCAAGCUCUGCCUGUCGUCCACUGUGAAGCAGGUGGUGCGGAAGCUGAACGAGCUGUACAAGACGAGCGUGGUGUCCUGCCAAGGCCUGAGCCUGCGGCUGCAGCGCUUCUUCCUGGACAAGCAGCGGCUGCUGGACCGCGUCCAGAGCGUCAGCGCCGAGAAGCUCAUCUUCAGCCACGCGGUGCAGACGCGUGCGGCGCCAUGGCUCGUGCGGCCGUCAGCCCUGGGUCCCCCGUCUCUGUGGGGGGCAGCUGGGCCCAGCCUCCGCCCUCACCCGGCAGGUGCAGUCGGCCGCCCUGGACGAGAUGUUCCACCGCCGGGAGGACUGCGUCCAGCGCUACCACAAGGCCCUGCUGCUCAUGGAGGGGCUGCAGCAGAUCCUCUCGGACCAGGCGGACGUGGAGAACAUCGCCAAGUGCAAGCUGUGCAUCGAGCGGAGACUCUCGGCCCUGCUGACCGGCAUCUGUGCCUGACCUCCUGGAGGCCCGGCCCACGGCGCCCACGGGGCUUGGACCUUCGCUGCCCAUCCAUGGGGUGGGGAGCAGCGUGCUGGCCGGGCUCGAAGGGACAAGCCCGCGGCCAUGACACCGCUCGCCGGUGCUGGGGGAAGGACCGUGGCUCCCCACCCAGCGUCCGGAGCCAGGCCUCAAGCCGCGUCUCUGUCUCCUGGGCUCCGCGGCCGUGGACCUCAAGGCGCUGGAGGGCCCCGCACAGAACCUCAACGUAGGCCAGUCCCCUGGCCUGGCUGACGGGCAGAGCUCCCUGCCCAGCCGGCCAUCAGAACUUCUCUCCCGGCUGCCUCGGCGGCAGGUGGGGACACGUGGGCAUCCCCCGACCCCGCCCAGACCCCAGGGCUGUCUCCCUGAGGGCAAGCAGAGGCCCUGAGACCGUGACGCCCACUCAAGCCAAAGCCGCCAGGCCUGCCCGGCGGAUCCACCCAGGAAAAGGUGUGUCCUCCUGGCUCCCUCCUCUCCCUUCCCCGAGAGCACCACCCAGCUUUGUGAAUCACCCAGCACUUUAUGCAGGCGGACUGGACCCGGGGCUGCCGCUCGGUCCCGGCUGUUGCACCACCAGGCGCGCCUACACACCCGUAAUCACAUAUCCGUGUGCAGACAGCUCCGCGAGCGCGUGUGUUGUGCCUGCCGCCCGGGUUGCUCUCGGGGCGACACAGCCAUCUUAUUUAAAUGUUCUUUUAGGGACGGACAGUACGAAGCACCGAGCUUCCAAAACCCAGCACAGACGUUGUUGCCGUCUUUCACACUUACUCCUAAGAUGUGUCUUAUCUUCUGCAGCUCUUUUUCUUUUUUCUUUUUUUUUUUUAAAAAGAAAACUCAUACGAGUUGACGUUUUGUUCUGAAAGGACGGGGGCAGGAGUGGGGCAGCCUCGGCAGCGAUGCUGAGACCCGGGGGGCCGGUGGCGCUGGGCGCGUGCGGGCUGCGCGUGGCCGUCCGCCCUCCCGCCUGUAGGGCGGCCCUACCCCUGCCGUUGCUCCCUGCCUGAAGACAGCGGGCAGCUGAGGACCGUUUUUGUGCGUAAACCUCCCCGUCCAGCUCUCACAGUAGGUUUUGAUGUCAAGCCCUCUGUCCCCUCACCAGGUCCUGGCUGCCACGGGGGGUCGGCGGGGAGGCCACCUUCCGGGCUCGGGGGGGUCCCUUUGCUGGUCUGCCCAGCUCUGCCGAGCCCCUCUCGAAUGUGUCCUCAAGGAUGCAGAGGGAGCCGCCCCAGUGCAGCGCCCCCGGCGCUGAGGUUUCACCACAGGCCCAGGCGAAGACCCCACGUGUUUCUCUCUUGCGAUACUUGAAAUCUUGCCUCUGUGCUUGGACCUAGAAGAAGAAGAGCAGCCCUGGGACUCGUUUCUGUCUCCUCACCGGUGACUUGAGCUUCUCCUCCUGCGCAGAAAUUGUCCGUAUUUAUUGCUUUACGGUUGGCUGGAACCAGGGCCUCUGGGCGGCCGGCGCCGUGGUAGGGGCCCCUCGGGCUCUGUCCGCGGGCGGCCUCCGGGGUGCGGGGUGAGUGCCGCCCCGCCCAGCCUGUCCACAGCACAGCUCUCCGCCCUUGGUCUACCUUACAAGACGUUUGUGUCACCCGCCCCCCCCCCCCAACCCCUUGCAUUAAGUUGUGUAACAUCAAUUUAAGGAAAUAAACCUCUGGAGUUGUUGG